UCGGACUGAUUUAAAAUGCUGGGAAGCAGGGGGGACGGUGGAUGGCUUUUCUGGAGAGUAGUGGCGUGGGGGAGACGGAGCGGAGGCAGCAAGAGGCAAGUGAUCUUCUUUAUUCUGUGCGUUUUCCUGUGUCGGAGCGCGGCCGAAACCCUCCGCUAUUCUCUGGCGGAGGAAAUGGAGAGAGACUCCUUUGUCGCCAAUAUUACAAACGACCUGGGUAUUGCUCCGAGCCAGCUCGCAGCUCGCAAGGCCCGCGUUGUGUCUGAGGGGAACGAGCAGCUUUUCCGCCUCAAUCGAAACACCGGAGUCCUGACGGUAAAGGAGUCGCUGGACCGAGAGGAGAUCUGUCCGCAGAGUGAUACCUGCACACUCUUCUUUAAGAUAUUCUUUGAAAAUCCGUUGCAACUGAUCCGAGGGGAGGUGGAGAUUCGUGACGUGAACGACAAUUCCCCCGUGUUCCCGGAGAAAGAGAUGGUUUUAGAGAUUCUGGAAACGACACCUCCCGGGUCCCGUUUUCCUCUGGAAAGCGCCCAGGACAAGGACGUGGGCAGUAACGGUUUGCAGAACUACAGCCUCGGAUCCAACCCGCAUUUCUCCCUUGCUCUGGGAACAGGGAAAGAUGGAGUAAAACACGCGGAGCUCGUUCUAGAGCGGCAGCUGGACCGCGAAGAGCAGCGAGAGCUGAAUUUACUCCUCACCGCCACCGACGGGGGCUCACCACCCAGGUCGGGCACAGCUCAGAUCCGGAUCGUGGUGCUGGAUGCCAAUGACAACAUCCCGCUCUUCUCUCGGGAGGUCUACGAGGUGCACCUGGCCGAGAACAGCCCCCCGGGGCAGCUGGCGGUCAGGGUCACGGCCGCGGAUCCCGACGAAGGGUCCUACGGGAAAGUGCGGUACGCCUUCACCCAGACAUUGGAGCGGGCCCGGCAGCUCUUCGAGCUGAACCCCGCCACUGGGGAGAUUCGAGUCGCGGGCAACCUGGACUUUGAGGAAGCGGAAAACCACAAGAUGGUGGUGAGAGCCACCGACGGCGGGGGGCUGUCUGCGCAUUGCAAAGUGCAGGUGGAGGUCCUGGACGUGAAUGACAACGCCCCGGAGAUAGCGCUCACCUCCCUCUCCGCCUCCAUUCCCGAGGACGCUCCGCCCCGGACCGUGGUGGCCCUGUUCAGUGUGCGGGACCGAGACUCCGGGGACAACGGCAGGACGGAGUGCGCGAUCGAUGGAGACCUCCCCUUCAGUCUCACCCCUACUUUUGAUAAUUACUACGAACUGAGAACAAACGCGGCGCUAGACAGAGAGAGGACGGCGGAGUAUAACAUCACUAUCACAGCCACGGACUGGGGGAUGAUGCGGCUGAGCUCUCAGGAAAGCAUCUUCGUGCAGAUAUCGGACGUGAACGACAACCCCCCAGAAUUCACCCAGGAGGUUUAUACCAUGUUGGUCACGGAGAACAACAGCCCCAUGCUCCGGAUCGGCAGCGUGAACGCCACGGACGCCGAUGCGGGAAAAAACGCCCGCAUAAGCUAUGCGCUGCUGCGGCAGGAGGGCAAGGAGCAGCCCGACGUGUCGGUCAACUCUGAAAACGGGGAUGUUUAUAUCCUCCGCCCGCUGGACUACGAGGAGGUGCGCUUCUUCGAGGUGGCGGUGGGCGCUGCCGACGGCGGCUCGCCGCCGCUCAGCGCCCAGGCGGUGCUGCGCGUGGUGGUGCGGGACGAGAACGACAACACGCCCGUCGUGCUGCACCCACUCCCCGACGCUGAUGUGGGUCCCAAUGCCAAGGUGACCUAUUCCCUGGCCCCAGCCCACCCGGCAGAGCAGGCUCCCUGCUCCUGCAUCUCCGUGAACUCUGAGAACGGGCACGUGUUUGUGCUGCGGCCCCUGGACUACGAGCGGGUGAGGCAGAUUGAGGUCUCGGUGAGCGCCUCAGAUGCAGGGACUCCUCCUCUCAGUGCCAAUGUCACUGUCCGCCUGCUUGUGGUGGACGAGAACGACAAUGCACCGCUGGUGCUGUACCCAGCCCAGGACAGCAGCCCAGCGUCCAGCGAGCUGGUGCCCAUGUCAGCUGAGGCAGGCUACCUCAUCACCAAGGUGGUGGCUGUCGAUGCUGACUCAGGGCAGAAUUCGUGGCUCUCGUACCACCUGCUGAGGGCCACUGACCCCGGGCUGUUUGCCGUGGGUGCCCAAAGCGGGGAGGUGUGGCUGAGGAGACCUGUGACAGACAGGGACGCCAUGAAGCAGAAGCUCGUCAUCCUGGUGCGAGACAACGGGCGGCCACCGCUGUCAGCCACUGCUGCACUGAGCGCACUCCUGCUCAAGGACUUCUCAGACGUGCGCCUGCCCCACAGCAGCCUGGCCACGGAAGACGAGGGAGGCUCCCUGACCACCUAUUUAAUCAUUUCCUUGGUCUUUGUCUCACUCCUCUUCCUCGUGUCCAUAUCAGCCUUUGUCACGCGCAAGGUGUGCAAGAGAAAGGAGCUGAAGGGUGAGCACGUGCUUUAUGGCACCGGGCACUUGCAGAGUGGCCUGGCUGAUGCGGCCGCUGCGGGGACCCUGCCCCACCCCUAUUGCUAUGAGAUCAGCCUGACGACGGGCUCGGGCAACAGCGAGUUCAAGUUCCUGAAGCCCAUGGUCCCCAGCCUGCCACCACAGCUCAGUGCCAUGGGCGGAGGCACCGAUGAUGAUCUCCAUUUCCCCCAUGGCCCUGUGGCCGUGGAGGACACGGCACCAGAGAACCCAGGGACGCUCACUGCAGAACAGUUUCAUAGUCUUUCUUUUAACUAUGCCAAUGUCACUGUUCGCCUGGUUGUGAUGGAUGAGAAUGACAAUGCACCGCUGGUGCUGUACCCAGCCCAGGACAGCAGCCCAGCGUCCAGCGAGCUGGUGCCCAUGUCAGCUGAGGCAGGCUACCUCAUCACCAAGGUGGUGGCUGUCGAUGCUGACUCAGGGCAGAAUUCGUGGCUCUCGUACCACCUGCUGAGGGCCACUGACCCCGGGCUGUUUGCCGUGGGUGCCCAAAGCGGGGAGGUGCGGCUGAGGAGACCUGUGACAGACAGAGACACCAUGAAGCAGAAGCUCGUCAUCCUGGUGCGAGACAACGGGCGGCCACCACUGUCAGCCACUGCUGCACUGAGCGCACUCCUGCUCAAGGACUUCUCAGACGUGCGCCUGCCCCACAGCAGCCUGGCCACGGAGGAUGAGGGAGGCUCCCUGACCACCUAUUUAAUCAUUUCCUUGGUCUUUGUCUCACUCCUCUUCCUCGUGUCCAUAUCAGCCUUUGUCACGCGCAAGGUGUGCAAGAGAAAGGAGCUGAAGGGUGAGCACGUGCUUUAUGGCACCGGGCACUUGCAGAGUGGCCUGGCUGAUGCGGCCGCUGCGGGGACGCUGCCCCACCCCUAUUGCUAUGAGAUCAGCCUGACGACGGGCUCGGGCAACAGCGAGUUCAAGUUCCUGAAGCCCAUGGUCCCCAGCCUGCCACCACAGCUCAGUGCCAUGGGCGGAGGCACUGAUGAUGAUGUCCAUUUCCCCCAUGGCCCUGUGGCCGUGGCGGACACGGCACCAGAGAACCCAGGGACGCUCUCUGCAGAACAGUUCCAUAGUCUUUCUUUUAACUAGCAUAGAGUCAGCACGGCCAGAGGCUUUGUUCCUCAUGAUAGGAAGGGAUGCAGGCUACAGUGUGUGACAGUGGUUCCUCCAGAGUAUAUCUGCAUUUGCCAUUGUUUUCACUGAUUUCCCAUGGCUUCGAAGUUUGACAAAACUUUUUCUCCUCUCUCAAAAGACAACUAAGCAAAAGAAACUAUGGCUCGCUCACUCAGGAAAUAAUAUGUUUCAACUCUGUUACAGACAUUUCUGAAAUACUUCAAAAAUGGCAGUAAGUCCAAGGUACCCUAUUAAGUUCUUGUUUCUCUUGUAGGCAAGGCCAUGUAGUUCUUAUUCUGGACUGUUAGACAACAGCACGGUCAUGUAGACCAAGCACAUGCUCACUGACAUGCACGUAGCCCUUUUCCCACAUCCAAAAUUCAAGGAAGUUGUGAGUACUGUGGCACAAUGUAAUGCAAACAUGGGACUCAUUCUCCUCUUUGUCCGGGAUGUGUCUGUGAGAGGUGUGGGCUCUCUCACUAUGUCUGUCCAUGCAGCCAUUGUAUGUCUGUAUACACUGCACUUGUGCUGCUCAGAGAAGCAAGGACUUGCACACACCUAACUAUUGCGAUGUGCACAAUUCCCACUCGGCAGGCAUGAAGGAUCCUGGGACCCUCUGAGGACAGCAGC